GCGUCUUAAGGCUAAAGUGUGUCCUGAAUGAUGGCUCCUACAGCUUCUCUAACUGUUUCCUCCCAUCACCUCAUCAGGGACUGGACGUGUAAUUACACUCACUCUGAACUCGACUCAUUCAAUUGCGAUAGUGUAUCCCUAGGCCCUCAUAGGAAGAGCUCUAAAACUCCCGGGAACCAAGUAGUCUUUCUUGCACUCACUUUCCCUCUCUAAGGUUGCUCUCACUGAAACUGGGGUGAUUUUUCCAAAAUGGGAAUCUAGCUCCACUAACCCUGCAAAUGAGUUCUCAUUAUUUUGACUUCAGUGCAGAAUUCUCUACUGUGGUCUGCAGAUCUCUGCAAAGCUUAGCCAGCAUUCUUCUCUUCAGCUUCCGUGUAAGCUGUGCUCUGCAUCAGACACACUGACCUUUGUGCUUCUCUGUUCCGAUAACCACACAGGAGAUGUCACGGUCUUGCCUCACCUAGUUAACAUCUACCCAUCCUCGAGCGUCACUUCCUGAAGGAGGCUUCACCCGCUAGUUGACUGGCUUCUUGGCACCCACCUUACUAGGACAACUCAUCACAGCUACCACACUUCCAAUACUCACAAAAUCAAUGUUCAUCAUUCAGUAAACAAACACACUGAGAUCAGGAUUGUGUCCCCAGAAUCGUGCAUAGAACCUGGCCCACCACAGACACUCAAAUGUUGAUUAAACAUAUGAACGUUAUCGACAUGUGAUAACACUGGGGGAAAGUUUUCCAAGUGUCUUUGUGCAGUUGCCAUGGAGUGAAUGACAAUAACAGUGAGCAGGUGACUGUUGCUUAGGAAGGGCCGAUGCACAACAAGAGAAGCGAGAACACAGGAGGUUGUAUGCACAGCACCCAGGGCCACACAACCCUCAGAGGAGCGCCCAGGCUUUCUGAAGCCCCAGCAACCGCUUUAACACCUAGCAAAAUGCCUAAAAGUGUUUCAAUAUCUAAACAACUGGCUUCAAUAAAAGCUUUGAAGAAAGGCUCAGAUCUCGAAAAAGCCAUUGCUACUGUCGCUCUGAUUUUCAGAAACUCUUCCGACCCUGAUGGUAAACUUGAGAAAGCCACUGCCAAGAAUCUGCUACAAACCCAAUUUAGGAAUUUCACAGAGGGAGAAGAAAGCAAGCCAAAGUACCAAGACAUCCUUUCUGAGCUGGAUGAACACACAGAAAACAAGCUGGAUUUCGAGGACUUCGUGAUCCUGCUCCUGAGCCUUGCCAUCGUGUCGAAUCUGCUACAAAAUAUAUUGAGUGUGAAAAUUACAAAAUGAACAACUUUAAAUAUGUGAAUGGACAAAAUAAUCACAAAAGCAAGUGCCACAUGACGAAAGAUGUUCCUUUCUGAUGUGUGAUGAAUGUGGGAUGAUUCACACUGGUGACAUUCACUCAGUGUAACUCCAAACAGUUCAACACUUUUUAGAAAUGCCCAAAUAAUAUAAUUUUCAACAUGAUAAGUUAAUUGGAUGCCAUUUUUGAUGUGUGAGUAGUAACUUAGAGAUUUUUUUGUACUGAAUGUAGAAUCAUUCAUUCAUUGAUCAUACAAUGGUAUUUGUGAGCAUUUACUUAGUAACAUUGUUAAAAAUACAGUAACAAAUGGCCAGAUAACCUCUUCCCUUGCUCAUAUUUACAUAAUUCCAAAAGAACUAGAUAUACAACAAUAAUUUGUGUGUGUGUGUGUGUGUGUGUGUGUGUUUGCGUGUGUGUACUUGUGUGAAGGCAACUGUACAUAUACAUAUGGAAAUCAGAAGCCACUCUCCAAUGUUGUUCCCCAAGUGCUGUCUACCUUGAUUUUUUAGCUUUCGCUGGCCUGGGGCUCACUGGGAGGCUCCACUUGGCUGGCUGUUCAGUGAUUCCCCAGUGCUGAGAUUCCCCACCCCCUUGGCUUUUGUAGGUGGGUCCAGGGAUCAAACUCAGACCUCGUGCUUGUCUGGCUAGUGCUUCACCAAUGAACCAUUUUCCCAGCUCUGAACAACUAGUUAAUUGGUUUAAAACACAUGAUAAUUAUAAAUAAGGUAAGGCUUACACAAUGCUAGCAGAGUUUAUUACGAGAUCUAUCUUCAAAGAUCAGACCCUUCCUGAUCUAUAAAAGAAAAAAAAAAAUCAGACCUUCCUGACCUAUAAGAAAAAAAGAAAUGCUGGGUGGUUCCCAGGAUCUGAGUUAGAACUGAGACUGUUUACAAACAGACACAUGGGAGAUUUUAAAUGGAAGGCAGCAGUCCCUAUCUUGCUGCUGGUGGUGGUAGUUAUAUGAAUGAAUAAAUGCAUUUGUCAAACUCUUAAAACUUUACACUAAAGUGGAUGAAGUACAUUGUAUGUGAUUGUGAAUUAUGGCUAAAUAAACAUGACUUGCGAAAA